CGACACCGUAUUGAUUCUCCAUCAAAAGCUUCUAUCUCCGCCUUUCAUUUUGUAUACAACACCGAGGGAAAAAUCAGCAGAGAGAGAGAGAGAAGUAGAAUCUGUUUGAUGUGUAGAAAAAUAAAUGGCCGAUCGUAAAACCAAUAAAUGGAACUGGGAGGUGAGUGGAUUCGAACCGAGGAAGUCUUCUUCUGAGGAGACCAGUCACCGUCUGCUGCGGCGUUACUCUAUUUCCACCCCUCACCCACCGGAGCUCCCCAAGCAAGCUCUUGCCUCCAAGGUUUUUGGAUUGAAGGAGAAAGUUAAGCUUGCGAAGGAAGAUUAUUUGGAGUUGAGACAGGAAGCUACUGAUCUUCAGGAGUAUUCUAAUGCAAAGCUUGAGAGGGUUACUCGUUAUUUAGGUGUUCUUGCUGCCAAAAGUCGUAAAUUGGAUCAAGCUGUCCUUGAGACUGAGGCAAGGAUAUCUCCACUUAUCAAUGAGAAGAAAAAACUUUUCAAUGACUUGUUGACGGCCAAAGGGAACAUUAAGGUUUUUUGCCGUGCAAGACCAUUGUUUGAGGAUGAAGGCCCAUCUAUAAUUGAAUUCCCUGGGGAUUGCACCAUAUGUGUAAACACUAGUGAUGAUACUAUCUCCAAUCCCAAGAAGGACUUUGAAUUUGACCGAGUUUAUGGACCUCAUGUUGGUCAAGCGGCAUUGUUCAAUGAUGUCCAACCUUUUGUUCAAUCUGCACUGGAUGGAUCUAACGUCUCCAUAUUUGCCUACGGAGAAACUAAUGCAGGGAAGACAUACACCAUGGAAGGUUUGAGUCACGACCGUGGUUUAUAUGCUCGUUGUUUUGAGGAGCUUUUCGACCUAGCGAAUUCUGAUGCAACUUCCACAUCUCGGUUCAGUUUCUCUGUUUCAGUGUUUGAGAUCUAUAAUGAACAGAUCAGAGAUUUACUUUGGGAAACUGAGAGCAACUUGCCGAAGAUCAACAUGGGAUCACAUGAAUCUAUUGUAGAAUUGGAACAAGAAAAAGCUGAGAAUCCAUUGGAGUUCUUAAGAGUCUUAAAAUAUGCAUUCCAGAACCGGGGAGAUGAUAAAUCAAAAUUUAAUGUGACACAUCUGAUUGUCACGAUACACAUAUACUAUAGCAACACGAUUACUGGAGAGAAUAUGUAUAGCAAGCUUUCUCUGGUUGAUUUGGCUGGAAGUGAAGGUUUAACCGUUGAUAAUGACGGUGGAGAACACGUCACUGAUCUGCUUCAUGUCAUGAGUUCGCUCUCAGCGUUGGGAGAUGUUUUAUCGUCUUUGACGUCAGAAAACGAUUCAAUUCCUUACGAGAAUUCAAUUCUUACCAGAAUACUUGCAGAUUCACUAGGGGGAAGCUCCAAAACAUUGAUGAUCGUUAACAUUUGUCCCAGUGCGGAGAACUUGUCUGAGACAAUAUCAUGUCUCAAUUAUGCUGCUAGAGCUAGGAAUACUGUACCAAGCCUUGGGAAUCGAGAUACAAUCAAGAAAUGGAGAGAUGUGGCAAGUGAUGCUCGGAAGGAGCUGUUGGACAAAGAGAGGGAAAAUCAGAAUCUGAAACAGGAGGUUUUGGGCUUAAAACAAGCACUUAAAGAUGCAAAUGACCAGUGUGUAUUGCUCUACAGUGAAGUGCAGAGGGCUUGGAAAGUUUCAUUUACACUGCAAUCAGAUUUAAAGUCAGAGAAUACUAUGCUUGUAGAAAAACAUAGACUAGAGAAGGAGCAGAAUUCUCAGUUAAGAAAUCAAAUAGCUCAACUUUUGCAGUUGGACCAGGAACAAAAACUGCAAAUGCAACAACAAGACUCCACCAUUCAAAAUCUCCAGGCUAAAAUAACAGAACUGGAAUCUGACACAGCAAGAGCACGAGAUUCCUCGCAAUCUCAGGACAUAUCUUCUUCAACACCAAAAGCUGCGGAGAGCACAACUGAAUCUUCUUCUGUUACCAAGAAGCUAGAGGAAGAACUGAAAAAACGUGAUGCACUGAUUGAGAGAUUGCAUGAAGAAAACGAAAAGUUGUUUGACAGAUUAACAGAAAAGUCAAUGGCUGUUUCGACCCAGGUGUCAAGUCCUUCAUCAAGAACAUCGCCAAACAUUCAGCCUGCCAGUGUUAACAGGGCAGAAGCUGUUGCGUUACCAUCUACACCAAAUAAGAAUAACGGAGCGAUAACUGUAGUAAAAACUGGCUCCGAAAUAGCGAAAACCACACCAGCUGGAGAAUACCUGACAGCUGCAUUGAAUGACUUUGACCCCGAAGACUAUGAAGGUCUUGCUGCCAUUGCUGACGGCGCAAACAAGCUACUAAUGCUGGUUUUGGCAGCUGUCAUCAAGGCUGGUGCUUCCAGAGAGCAUGAAAUACUUGCUGAGAUCAGAGAUUCUGUCUUUUCGUUUAUUCAAAAAAUGGAAUCAAGAAGAGUAAUGGAUACCAUGCUUGUUUCUCGAGUCAGGAUAUUAUACAUAAGGUCUUUGCUGGCUCGUUCACCUGAGCUUCAGACUAUCAGGGUCUCUCCUGUGGAAGGCUUUCUUGAAAAGCCUAAUACUGGUAGAAGCAAAAGCACUAGUAGAGGUAGCAGCCCCGGUAGAUCCCCGGUUCGAUACAUUGAUAUGCAGACUCAUAGAUUUAAAGUAAAUAUAAAGCCAGAAAGGAAAAACAAGUUGGCCUCUGUGGUUUCAAGAAUGCGUGGACUUGAACAGGAUUCUGGGAGGCAGCAAGUUACUGGAGUUAAACUACGGGAGAUGCAAGAUGAAGCCAAAAGCUUUGCUAUUGGGAACAAAUCCUUAGCUGCAUUGUUUGUUCACACUCCAGCUGGUGAAUUGCAGCGACAGAUUCGGUUAUGGCUAGCAGAGAACUUUGAUUUUCUUUCCGUGACCGCAGAUGAUGUAUCAGGAGGAACCACCGGCCAACUUGAGCUUCUUUCCACGGCGAUUAUGGAUGGUUGGAUGGCUGGACUAGGAGCCGCGGUGCCACCUCACACAGAUGCUCUCGGGCAGCUUCUUUCCGAGUAUGCAAAACGUGUCUAUACUUCUCAAAUGCAGCACAUGAAGGAUAUUGCUGGUACCUUGGCGGCAGAGGAAGCAGAGGAUGCUGGCCAGGUGGCUAAGCUUCGAUCAGCUCUUGAGUCCGUUGACCACAAAAGAAGAAAGAUUUUACAACAAAUGAGAAGUGAUGCAGCUUUGCUUAACUUGGAAGAAGGUAGUUCUCCUAUUCAAAACCCUUCAACAGCAGCUGAAGACUCAAGAUUAGCUUCUCUCAUCUCUCUUGAUGGCAUAUUGAAGCAAGUCAAGGAUAUUACAAGACAAGCAUCUGUCCAUGUUUUGAGUAAAAGCAAGAAGACAGCAUUACUUGAGGCCCUUGAUGAACUCACUGAGCGUAUGCCUUCUCUUCUUGAUAUUGAUCAUCCAUGUGCACAACGAGAAAUUGCUACAGCACGCCAGUUAGUCGAGACAAUCCCUGAACAAGAGAACAAUAAUCUUCUUCUGGAAUAUUCUUCACACGGACGGAGACCUUCAUUUGAAUCAAUUUCCUCAGCUGAAACCGAGGUCUCGCAGUGGAACGUUUUGCAGUUCAACACAGGUUCUUCAUCCCCAUUCAUCAUAAAAUGUGGAGGCAACACAAACUCAGAGCUAGUGAUCAAGGCUGAUGCACGAGUUCAAGAGCCUAAAGGAGGUGAACUUGUCAGAGUUGUCCCAAGACCUUCUGUAUUAGUAAACAUGAGCUUAGAGGAAAUGAAACAAAUGUUUACUCAGUUACCUGAAGCUCUAAGUGUGCUGGCUUUAGCUAAAACAGCUGAUGCCACAAGAGCUCGCUACUCUAGGCUCUACAAAACUCUGGCCAUGAAAGUUCCUUCUCUCAGGGACGUUGUUGCUGAUCUUGAGAAAGAUACCUAAAGUCAUGAAACGGCAUAGAGAUACUAUUCUUGUGUAUUUAUAUUAUUUUUUUGUGAGGAUUUGGCUGGCCAAAUCUGGCGCAUUUAUGCUACCUUUUGGGUCCAGAUUCAUUGUGUGUAGUAUGUAACGUUACUUUGUACUAUCUUGCUUUCAUUCACACAGCAACAAGUGUUUACUUC